AUGCCUGACAAGUGGAAGGAGGGCGUCAGCAACACCAACGAGAACAGUGGCCGCAAGAUCAACGAAAACAAGCUCCUCUCCAAGAAGAACAGGUGGACUCCAUAUGGAAACACCAAAUGUAUAAUCUGCAAGCAACAGGUGCACCAGGACGCAAAAUAUUGCCACACCUGUGCUUACUCGAAAGGAGUGUGCGCAAUGUGUGGGAAGCAAGUGUUGGACACGAAGCUCUACAAGCAAAACAACGUGUGA